AUGACCGAAUCAUUUUCGCCGGCCUUUGGUGGCAUCGGUAUGGCCGCCAUCAAGCAACAGCAACUGCAACAGCAGCAGCAGCAGCAACAGCAGCAGCAACAACAGCAGCAACAGCAACAACAUCUUCAUCACCAUCCGCAUCAGGGCGCAAUGUCGAUCGAGAAGCUGGUGCGCGUUGGAUAUUACGAGCUGGAGAAGACGAUCGGCAAAGGUAACUUUGCCGUGGUGAAGCUGGCAUCCAAUGUCAUCACAAACUCGAAGGUUGCAAUUAAAAUAAUCGAUAAAACAUGUCUGGACGAGGAGAACCUGGCGAAGACGUUCCGCGAAAUAUCGAUACUGAAGGUGUUACAUCAUCCGCACAUAACGCGCCUGUACGAGGUCAUGGAGUCACGCAACAAGAUAUACCUGGUGACGGAACAUGCGGCCCAGGGUGAAAUAUUUGACCAUCUGGUAGCGAACGGGCGGAUGCGAGAGGAGGAAGCGGCCCGCAUCUUCUCGCAGAUAGUGGCCGCCGUCGACUACUGCCACCGGAAGGGUAUCGUGCACCGGGACCUGAAGGCGGAGAACGUCCUGCUCGACACGGAGAUGAACGUGAAGCUGGCGGACUUUGGGUUCAGCAACACCUUCAUCGAGGGCCAACCGUUGCGGACGUGGUGCGGUUCCCCACCGUACGCAGCGCCGGAAGUGUUCCAGGGCGUGGAGUACGAUGGUCCGAAGUCGGACAUAUGGAGCUUGGGUGUGGUGCUGUACGUGCUCGUGUGUGGUGCACUCCCGUUCGACGGGACGACCCUGCACGAUCUGCGCAGCGUGGUUGUGGCGGGUAAAUUUCGGAUACCGUUCUUCAUGUCGCAGGAGUGCGAGCAACUGAUCCGGCAUAUGCUGGUGGUGGAACCGGAACGGCGCUACACGCUCAAACAGAUCGCACACCAUCGCUGGCUGGAACAGUACAACUCCAUUCCGAUGCUGGAAGCUGGGGACUAUGGUGGUGGUGGGCAACCACCGCAGCGUGAGGCGGAAAUUCUGGACACGGUCGUCAUGACGCACAUGCUGCAGCUGCCCGGGCUGACCGCGGACAUGAUUGCGCAGUCGGUGCACGAAAGCCGGUUCGAUCAUAUCUACGCCAUCUACAAUCUGUUGGUGGACAAGCUGCGCCAGAAGCGGAAGGAAAAGGGCCGGUUACAGCAUCACGCCAGCCUGGCGUACUCGCGCUCCCGCAAAACCAGUAUUACGACCGGUGUGGUCGAUCGCACCGAGGUCAUCAAGAACGAUUCGCUCGAACGGUUAAGCCCGCUGACGAGCGUCGGCUCAACCAUACUGAACAUAUCAUCCGGUUUGGCCGGAACGGAGGAUCUGGAGAAGUACGAUCUGGAGACGGCCGGGUCAACGGUCACCACGCCCACAACUGCCCCGUCCGGGACGGCCGGUACGGUGAAGUUGUCGGAAACGACAGCGACCGGCGAUCAUUAUCUAUUCCCACCCAGCUGUGCCAAUGGGACGGUGGGUGCCGGAGGGAAUACGCGCCGACACACGGUGGGCCCGGGUGAUGUGGCACACGAGCAGGUGCUGGUCAACCCGAACGUUGUGCCGAUAAGCUUCAAGAUUGGUGGCGGUGUCCAUGAACCAUCGAUUCCGCCGACACCGAACGUACCGAUCAACAUUCCGUCGCUGCAAAAUCAACCGAUCCACAAUCUAACCAUUAAGGAUCAGCAUCUGCUGAAGCCACCGACUGUGAUGGGUGCUACGAGCUCCUUCGGACGACGGGCAUCAGAUGGUGGGGCAAAUCUGCAAAUCUACUAUCCUUCGUCGUCUACAAACUUCCACGAUCAACACCAUCCACAUCAGCAGCAACAACAACCGCAACAGCAGCAGCAGCAACAGCAGCCCGGAGUGGAUGGUUCGGUGCUGGUACCGGCUGGCAAUUCCACCCUAGGACCGAUUAGCGGUGGUGUAAACAGUACCACGAUCAUGAUGGACCACGUGAUGCUUCAGACGCCCAACAGUGAAGGAACGGACGAUUCGAAUGAUGAAAUACAGAGAUACAUGCACGGUCGCGGAUGCACCAAACGUCAUACCGUCGGUUGCACCGAUGAUCUAUCCGCCGGCAAUGCGUCACCGAUGGAACCUCCGCAGGCCCACUCGCCGGCCCCCACGGCAGGAACCGUCAGCGGCACCGGCGGUGUCAGCGGUGGAGGUAGAACACGCCGUACCGGUCUGCUAACCGUCAUGGAACGUCCGCCCGUGAUAAGCCCGGACUUGAUACGGGAGGUAGAGGCGCGUAUGAACCGAGACUAUUUGCCACCUUCGCUGUUGCCCACCUGUACGGUUGCAUCUUCCGCGCCUAAGCACGGUCCACUAGAUGCAGCACCCGCAUCCGUACUGUCCACCGCGAUACAGACCGCUACCCCGUUCAAUCAGCACCAUCCAGCGGCACACACGAACCUUGCCGGUGUGAUGACCGCCGGUCCACCAGUUCCGACGCCACCGCCCGCCCAUCAGCAACCACAGCAGCAGCAAACGGUAGUACAGUCGCAGAUCUGUAACCGGCGUUACGCCACCCGCACAUGUAAGCUACCGACGGUGCAGGAAAUCGGUCGAUACAGUCCGGUGCGCCGCGCCUCGGAAGGUUCGCGCAUAACGUCCCAGUUCCAGGGCCCAUUCCAGGAGUGUCAACAGCUACAGAAAGGUUUGCACGCCGCAGCAAUAGCGGCAUCGCAGCAGCGCAACAAUCUGCUGAUCACGCCCAGCCCACCGCUGGCGGACAACUCCGUCAGUCUGCCCGGUUCGCCGAUGCACUGUAAAGCGUUUAUGGACGAUCGGACUACCUAUCCGGACAUAACCGUACCGCACGAUGUGCUGCUAUCGCUCGUACCGGGACUGGAGAAGCUGGUGCAGGAGAAUCGGCUGCAGAUCGAAACGGCCAACAGCAUACUGAACACGCGCACAAUGCCGUACGAAGUGGGCCACCAGCUGGGGCUGGUUCGGGGUGGACCGGGCGGUACAGUGGCGGGUGGGGGCGGUACGGGAGGCACGGGUAUAAUGGGUGGUACGCUGGAUGUGGGUAUGAAUCUGUUGCAGUUACAGCACAGCCAAAGUGUUUCCCCGUUGAAUGCGACACUUCGUCAUGGUGGUGGUGCCGGGUCCGGUUAUCCUGUUGCCGGUCGACCUACGGGAUUCCCAAUGGGGGGAGGGAUGCAACCGAGCUACAUUGCCGGUGGUGCGGCAGGUGGCGGGGCGGCAACAUUUGGCGCGUUUGGCAAUCCGUACGGGUUUCCGAAUUUGAUGGCACCGGGCGGUAUGUCUACAAUGAAUGCGUCUAGUACGGGAAUGUGCCAUUUGUCGGGUUUGGAGUACACGGGUAGCAACAGUAACAGUGGAUGUCCGUCACCGGUAUACUACGCCAGCGGUUGCUCUUCUCCGAUCCUGCCCGGACCGCCGGCUUCGAUCGUGAGUGGAUGCAGCGGGACCAUGGGCAGCACAAGCGGGGCGGCUGGAUCGGCAAGCGGUGGGGCCGCUUCUCCGAUGCAUCAGAUUACCCGUGGCCUCAGCACACUGAAUACGGGCGGAGGCGGGGGAAGCGGUGGAGGAGGAGGAGCGGGAAGUAUCACGAUGGCGGGUGGGUCCAUUACCCGCGGGACAUCCUCCGCGGUGACACCCUUUCCUUCCGUCGCCUGUAACGAACCACUCGAUCUGAGCAUGGACAUCGUGAACAGUGUGGAGAUCGACUUCACAGGGCGAAUAGUGGCGGGUUGUUACUCGGGCGCUACCACACCGGUCAACUAUUUCGAUCCGAAGAAUUACGGGUUGUUGCCACCGCCACCGCCCCAAACCAUGCGCAUCUCCGCGACACCGCCCACAUCGCCCAACAAUCUGUGCAUUAUUCAGGAGGAGCACUCGACCGCGACGACGACGGCCACUUCUGCGGGCGUACCGUUCAAGAGCCAUUCGGCGAAUGCGUCACCGGAAGAUCUUAGCUUCCAGCACACGCAUCCGCAGAUCUGUUUGACCGAUGUGCAGGGGAGUGAAAUAACGCUGGUCGCGUUGUCCGACUCGAGCCAUGGUGAUAGUGACGAUUCGCUCAACUGUCAGACGGGAAGUAGUGCGACAACGAGCGGGCUAGGAUUUUCCGGCCUGCUCAUAACGGAACCGACGAGCGAUAUGCCUUCGAUAACGCGUGGUGUUGGGCGGAAGGCCAGCCUCGACACGGAGAACAAUUCCAGCGCGACAACAACCUCGGCCAAGCUCGAUACGUCCGACAUUAGUGAGUCGUAUGUACGGCGCGGUAGCGACAAAUCGCUCGGGUUCAGUGACGAUAGCCUGAGCAACGAUUCGAACCAUUCCAAUCUGUCCCCGAGCCAGGAACCGUCGGCAUCCAGCUCGGGUUUCAAGAGUGCGGACUCCAAUUCCGAACAGGACGGGGCUAGGUUGAGCCCGGAUUCGUUAUGUGAUGGGUCGAAAAGUUCGGACGAAUGUUACGAACUGCCGCUGCCGCAGGAAUGUUCAUCGCUCGAUUCGGCCCGCAUUCUCGAGAUGGUGAAGCGAACGCUAGACUCUACGAUGCCACCGAAGGGUUGCGUUUACGGUGUGGCUGGCGGGAGCUACGGUUGCAAAGUGUCCGGUUCCGAUCCGAACAGCAACAGAUCGUCGGUGGCGGCUGGUGCUGGAGGUGAUGAUCGUUCCGGAUCGGUGGCCGGAGCAGAUGGAGGGACCUGUUCGGGUCGGAACAGUUCCGGUGCGGAUGGGAGAUCUAACCUAAGUCUCGAGUUUUCCGGCGGAUUGCAGAUUGAGCUGCAAGUGUACGAGGGACGCAACAGCAAAGACAGCAAUACAAGCAAGGGCAUUAAGCUGCGGCGAAUUUCCGGAGAUCAGUACGAGUAUGGUAAGCUCUGUCAGCAGCUUAUCACCUCGUUAACGGUGUGA